AUGGUCCAUGACCUCGAGGCUAGCAAGCCCUCCCUGGAUGGGAAAGAGUUCCCAUCCGCGGAACAUGUCGAAGGAAAUGCUGUCGGUAUCGUUCAUGCAUUAGACCCUCGCCAACUCGAAUCCCUGCCUUAUGGUCCCAGCGGAUUCAAGGGCAUCUUCGGCUCCAGGUAUGUCUUUGGCGCAGCUUUCCUGGCCUCCAUGGGCGGGUUCUCCAUGGGAUACGACAUGGGAGUCAUCUCCAUCAUCAACUCGAUGGACAAGUUUCACGCGGUGUAUCCGCGGGCCGCAAGUGCCUUUGGCAAGGGAUUCAUGACGGGGAUGCUGCUGCUGGGUGCAUUUGUCGGCUGUAUCUUCAUGCCAUAUCUGGCAGAUCGGAUCUCUCGCAAAUGGGCCAUUACGGUUAUGGUCAUCGUCUUCAACCUCGGAGCCAUUCUUCAGACGGCCGCCACCAACUACGACAUGCUGGUCGCGGGUCGCUUUAUCGGAGGCAUUGGGGGUGCACCGCUCUAUAUCUCGGAAAUCUCUCCACCACACAUGCGAGGCACGCUUCUCGUCCUUGAAUCCAUCUCCAUCACCCUGGGAGUCGUCAUUGCAUUCUACAUCACUUACGGUACCAGAAACAUGGCCACUGAAGCGUGUUUCCGACUGCCCUUUGGUCUGCAAAUGGUGACAGCAACCAUACUUGGCGCUGGCAUUCACUUCUUCCCGUACUCUCCUCGGUGGCUUGCCUUGGUCAACCGCCUGGAUGGCUGCAUGUCUAGCCUGUGUAAAUUGAGAGAUCUCCCAAGCAGUGACGAAAGAAUCCAAUUGGAAUAUCAGCAAAUUAUGGCCGAGAUCAAGUUCCAAAAGGCCGUCCUGGCCAAAAAGCACCCUGGUGCAUCCGGCAUCAAGCUUGAAGUUCUUUCCUGGAUGGAUCUCUUCACCCGGAAAAUGUGGAGACGCACUGCUGUCGGCAUGGGUGUUGCUUUCUUCCAGCAGUUCUCGGGCAUCAACGCUUUUAUCUACUACGCGCCAACACUGUUUGAGUCUCUCGGCCAGACCGCAGAGACAUCCCUCAUUCUCUCUGGUGUCUUCAACGUUCUCCAACUCAUCGCAGCUAUUGUCUGUUUCCUCGUCAUUGAAAAGGUAGGCCGGCGCCCUCUCGCUAUCUUCGGUGGCUUUGGCACUGCAGUGGCCUAUAUCAUUAUCGCGGUCCUUUCUGGUCUUUACUCAACCUCCUGGGCUUCGCACACGGCCGCCGGCUGGGGCUGCGUUGCCAUGGCGUUCAUCUUUAUCCUCAUCUACGGAGUCACCUAUUCGCCACUAGGUUGGGCCCUCCCAUCCGAGGUUUUCUCGACCACGUCUCGAUCAAAAGGUGUCGCUCUCGCCACAUGCACUAUCUGGCUGUCAGAUUUCAUCGUUGGCGUUGUCACCCCUUCCAUGCUGGCUGACAUUGGCUACCGAACCUACAUCUUCUUUGCAGUCAUGUGCUUCCUGGCAGGUGUCUGGGCGUUUUUCCUGGUUCCUGAAACGGGUGGGAAGACCCUCGAAGAAAUUGACGAGUUGUUCGGUGAUUCCAGUGCGAGGGAAGAGUGGCAACUUGCUCAGGAAGCAAUCCUGGCUGGAAGUACCAAAUAG